AUGUCUUCUUCAACAACUAGUACUACGGAUUAUGCAAAUAUUCCUACACCACCAAAAGCCAUUGCGGAUUUUUGUUUGAUUCCUAUCGGUACCACUACAGCUUCAGUAUCCAAAGAAGUAGCUGCUGUUCAGAGAUUGAUGAAGGCUAGUGGUUUGAGUUAUAGUAUGCAUUCUGCUGGUACUACUGUUGAAGGUUCCUGGGACGAAGUCAUGCGCGUAAUAGGACAAGCUCACACACUAGUUCAUCAAAACGGAGUUGUGCGCGUGCAGACGGAUAUUAGAGCAGGGACGCGAACAGAUAAGGAGCAGACUUUUGAGGAGAAGGUUAGUAAGGUGGAAACUUUACUUGCUGGGGAUGAGGGACAAAAGGAAAUGGCAGAAUGA